GAAAAAGAGCGCCCUCGGCUCUCGACCAAAAUUAAACUAGAAACCCUAACCUCAGUCUCCACUCUCGACCUCCAUUCUGAACCCAGACCCGAGCUCCUCCUCCUCCUCUUCCUCACUCGAACUCAUCGCCUCCUUGGCUUCUUCGGCAUCGACUUCGUCCAGUCCUUCAUCUCACUCGCCUCACCAAAUUUGUCGACUACGAUCCCGCAUUUUGCUCCGAGGAGGACGAGGACAUCAUCCAGGCAGUUCUAAACGGCACCGUUCCUUCUUACUCUCUCGAAUCGAAGCUUGGAGUUUGGGAGGAAGGAUUCAAUUACGACGCCGGUUGGAGAUGAAGUCCAGCUUGGAGUUUAAGAAGCGCGAGUUUGUGGGUGUCUUCAAUAUUAACUAAUUUGUCAAGUCCAGUUGGGUAUGUUCUCUCUUGCUUCCUUCCAAUCUUUGUUCCAAUUGAAAUUGUGAUAUAUGAAAUUGUAUGGUCACCUUGAGUUUGAACUAUUGAUUUUGUUAUGCUUUUGAGGUUGGACGGUCUCGAUAAAAAGAAGUUUGAUGGGUCUAGGCCAUCUGCAACGUUCAGUAAGUUUCUGCUUCCGUUUUUGGUCUCGACUCAUGUGUUAGAAUUGGAUUUAUCACGCUAUGUGGUGGAGGCCACAGCUGCACAAAAUUCAUAAGCUUCAUGUAAUAAACAUGAGGAAGGGAAUCAGCAAAAACAGAAGAAGGAGAUGCCAUGACAACAAUUAUAGGACCAUAAUUGAUAAGGUGAAUAUAUACAUUGUUAAGGGCCUGAACCAUAAUCUGGAUCAAUUUUACCUCAUUCAGUUUCAUUUGAAGUUAUUGAUUCUGGUGAGAAAUCCGUGUGACACAAAAGCUGUAUCUGAUCUCAAAGGGUAUUGUAAAGACAGGGAUAUUACCCAAACAAUGCAAAUCCUCUCCGUCUUAUGCCGAGGACAUCAUUGGGGAAGUUAUAGCAACCAGCAACAAGGAUCAAAUUCCAAGCAGCUAUGGCAGGAUGGAUAUCAGAUUGAGGUCAUCCUACUCUCAGUUAGAUUCUAUAUCUCACCCUUCCUCUUCAGUAUCCUUACUACCUUAAUUGGAGGGAUUAGCUUGGUAAAAAUGACAGAGCGUAGCAAGAAAAAGUUGAUGGCUUUGACCACUAAUGUGAUGAGAGAUGAUAGUGAUAAGGGCCUUGGAUUACAAGUUGUGAAAUAUUUGGCUGCCAAAUAUGAAGAGCUAGGGUGUGAAGUGAAAUGGAUGGGCAAGCCUGAUAAGGUGAUCUAGUCACAUUGGUCUGGUUACCGCUGUUAACUUGACUUCAUGUGAACUUUUAGCUUAAUACAUAUUUCUCUUGCACUUGACUACCAAGAUGAAUUUUGAGCAAGGCUAGUUUUUGCUUUGAAGUAAAGUUUGGUGUUGAAAUUUUGUAGAUUGUUGCUCAUAUGUUUCUAGGCUAGCCUUUGUAGGUUUUGGGGUUUUCUUUUGUGACAUAUGUUCAAUCAUGAAUUUGGAAAGAAAAUUAAUGGAAAGCCCCAAUUUUUGGAUGAUUAUGAAAUGCA